UGCGCUAUAUCGUAGUCCUCAGCCAUUGCCACUAUGAUCACAUAUUGGGCGUUGAACUCUUUGCGCACGACUCACCAAUUCUCGAGUCCAUGCACUCGCCCUCCUUUGUCUCCGAGAAGAACCUCCCCGCCCACUCCCUCUGCAAAAGCCUUGGCCUCCGCACUCCCUCCUUCACACCAACGCUGGUCCCCCACAAUCACCCCAUCCUUUCCGCCUCUGAUAUGCCCCUCAGCGUGAGGGUCCUGCAUACGCCCGGCCACACGCCCGACGAGCUCGCACUCUGGGACGCAGGCGAGCAGAUGCUCUACGUCGGCGACACGCUCUACGAGUUCGAGCCGAUCAUGUUCCCGAACGAGGGCGACAUCCGGUCAUGGCUAUCGAGCGUCGACGAACUCAUCGCGGUCGUGAUGGCGUCGUGCACGCCAGCGGAGGUGCUGAUCAACUGCGGGCACCGGACGGCGAUGCGCCCGGCGCUGGAUAUCUUGCAUUCGGCGAAGCAGUUCAUGAUGGAUGUGCUGCUCGGGAAGGAGAAGGCGAGGAGACGGACAGUGAAGAGAGGUGUCGAGUUUGUGGAGUACAUGCAGGCUGGGGGUCGAUAUCGUAUGCAAUGUCCAGAGCGACUGGUCGAGGAGGCGAGGAGCGUUGUACGAAUGGACUGAUAGACGACAUGUGUAUUCUUGGACAGGCAAGCGCAGACGGCGGGUCAUAGCGCGUCAUUUGAUGAUCCAC